GGAAAGCAAAUUCCUUUGAUCUAAAGAAAGAGAGAAAAUGGAGAAUAUGUUAGGUCUUCUAAGACUUCAUGUGAUUAGAGGUGUUAAUCUUGCCAUUAGAGAUUCUCAUAGCAGCGAUCCUUAUGUCAUUGUCCGUAUGGGCAAACAGAAGUUACGAACCCGUGUGAUGAAAAAGACUUUAAAUCCAGAAUGGAACGAAGACUUGACACUUUCUGUUACUGAUCCAACUCUUCCUGUCAAAAUCAUGGUGUACGAUAGAGACUGGUUCUCAAGGGAUGAUAAGAUGGGAGAUGCGGUUUUCCACAUUGAUCCGUUCCUUGAAGCCAUCAGAAUCCAAAACCAGCUUGGAGGACUCCCUGAUGGUACCGUCAUAAUGAAGAUACAGGCAAGCAGGCAGAACUGUUUGUCAGAAGAGAGCAAGAUUGUGUGGCACAAAGGAAAGAUUGUCCAAAAUAUGUUUCUUAGGCUCCAGAACGUUGAGCGGGGGGAGGUCGAAUUGCAGCUUGAGUGGAUCGAUGUCUCGGACCAUAUAAGUAUAUAGGAGAGGCUGAGGAUGUUGCUUACUAGAUCCAUUUUUGUACUACAUGAAGUUUGUUGGAAAGUAUACUACUUAUGCUAUAUUGCUAUGUAGAGAGUAAAUAAAAUCGAUAUUUCUUU